UUUAUGAUAUGAUAUAAUCAAUAUCAUAAUCAUCGUUUUGUGUUUUUUGUUUGCAUUCGAGCCGCACACAGAACACUAUUUAAACCCGAACAUAAAAUUUAAAUUUUUCGGCAAAUUCAAGAUUUUCUUUUUUUUUCCACCUGCAAAAUAUCAAAAAAACGCAACGAUGAAAUCAACGAUUCAAUUUUGUUUGAUUUUAUUGAUGUUUGGUCAUCAUCAUUAUCAUUGUCAACGUGUAAAUUCAUCCGCUCUGUUGGAUUCAAUUAAUCGUGAUUUAGAUGAAUUAAAAUCAUCCAUUUCGAAAACAUUAAAUUCACCAAGAUUUAAUGCAUCAUCAUAUGUAUUUCGUACGAAUGUAAACAAUAGUCUUGAUCAUAAUGAAGAUUUGGAUGAUUCACAUACACAUUUUUUAGUUGAUUUAGAUCAAGAUCGACCAUUUGUUCAAUGUUCAGUACCAAAUGAUGGUGAUUCAUUAUGGAAAUUUUCAAUUCCAUAUUUAAAUGAAUCAAAUGGUUUAUUACGUUUUCGUGAAUUUCGUGGUAAACCAUUAUUGUUAGUUAAUGUUGCUACAUUUUGUGAAUCAACAAUUGAAUAUCCAAUCUAUAAUCAAUUAAAAGAAAAAUAUGGUGAUCAAUUGAUUAUUAUUGGUUUUCCAUCCAAUAAUUUUUUGAAUCAAGAACCAACCGGAGAUGCUACCGAAAUCUAUAAUGCAAUCAAAUAUGUUCGACCUGGUAAUGGUUUCGUACCGAAAUUUCCAUUAACCGAACGUAUCGAUGUAAAUGGUUUGAAUCAACAUAUAAUAUAUAAAUUUCUUAAACGUUGUUGUCCAUCAACACGUACACGUUUUAAUGUUAAUGAAGAAAAAUUAUUAUAUAAACCAAAAAAUGCACGUGAUAUACGUUGGAAUUUUGAAAAAUUUCUCAUUCAUCCAAUAACUGGUUAUCCAGUUAAACGUUAUGAUCAAAAAUUUUUACCCGAUCGUAUUAUACCGGAUAUUGAUCGAUUAUUGGAAGAAACCAGGCAAAAUUCAGCUGAUCGUCGUGUAUCAACAUAAAAUCCGAAUCAAAAUUGAUUGAUUGAAUUUUAUCUUUCUACACCCCCUAUUCACCCACAACCAUUUAUAUCAAAAUGAUGAACAACAACAAAAUUUUUCUCAAUCCUUAUCCAUAAAA